AUGCAGCCUCCAGCGUUCUUGGGCCACUGCGGUGGUUACAGAGCGGACGCUCCUACAUCCUUUGCGUCGUUCGCGGCUGCCAAAUCCUUUGCCACGAACAACUUCAACUUCAAAGAUCUAUCCAUGAAGAAGCCAAAGUCGGACUACUUCAGCCUCAAGUCGGUUCGGGGUUCUUCGCCCACGGCCAGCCUGGCUGCCGAUCUUUCACAAAAUUUCCACAUUGACCAGAGUCCGCAAGUGCCAACUCCACGGAGGUCACUCUUUCCCAACAGCUUGUUUGCACAGGAUGGCCAGAGAAACUUGACCACACCUCCUAUACCGUCUUCCUCUCCCGCACCAAUUGAUACAAUGGAUAUGGACCUGGACAUCUCACCUCUACCGCACAAGAUGCCCUUCUGUACAGUAGCAAUACAACUCCAGUCACCAACACCAGACCUGACACCCUCCGAGACUUCAUCCUUGUCGAUACCCUCACCGCCUUGUGCUUCGCCCAGCGAGCCAUUCCAGAUCAACCUCCCUCAAGAUAGACGGAAACAAGGAUGCUUACGACCUACAUUAACCAGAGCUAAGGGCCACAGUACCGGCAACCUUCCUCAGAGGCCUGCGCCCGAAAGUCAAUUGCCACCGUUCAAAUUCGGUAAUGGCAACUAUUCGAGCAAACCUGCAACAUCGUCCUCACUCUCUCUGUCCGAGAUAUUUGCAGACUCGCCAGGUCAGGAGAAAGUGGUCCCGAGAUUGGGUGCGCCGGCUUUUGUUCCCCCACGAUCUCGCCCGACUCUGGCUGGUUCUGGACAUUCGUCUCGCAAUGGAUCUCCUGUCGGAAACCAUAUGAGAAAAUCUUCCAAUCCUCUUGUCAGACCUCGAAAGCAAUUCCGACGAUCACUGAGCAUGUUUGAACACCCGGAAGACAUAAUGAAGCAAGAAAAAGAGCGACUUAGCCCUCCACCAUUGUUGCCUUCAAUUAUGGACGUCGAAGCACCGCAUGUGCUUCAACUACCCCACUUCAACCCAGAAGGUGAAACAGGUUGUCUGCCCAGAAUAACAAAGGAGACAAUGGUCUCAGUCCUAGACGGCCACUUCGAUCAUCUGUACGAGAAGCGGGUGAUCAUCGAUUGCCGAUUUGAGUACGAGUAUGAUGGCGGCCACAUUGAGGGUGCUGUAAACUUCAACGACAAAGAAAGGUUGUCGGCUCAGCUCUUCGACGUCGAGCCAACUCCAAGAGCCCUUCUCAUCUUCCACUGUGAAUAUUCUGCUCAUCGAGCACCUCUCAUGGCGAAAUUCAUCCGCAACAAAGACCGGGCUGUUAAUGCUGAUCGCUACCCGGCCCUCACAUACCCUGAAGCCUACAUAUUAGAUGGGGGCUAUAGCACGUUUUUCAAGGAUUACCGAGCACGAUGUUACCCCCAGAACUAUGUCGAAAUGGAUGCAAAGGAACAUAUUCUUGAUUGCGAGCGUGGUCUCGGGAAAGUGAAACAACGAUCGAAGCUUCUCCGGGCCCAGACCUUUGCCUUUGGCCAACAUUCACCUUCUCUUGACUCCAGUCCUACUGCCAUGGGCCGAAGGGAUCUGGACAGCGACAUGGACAUUGACAUGGGUCUCCAGUAUACCCCUGUUGCUGGGCCAAGACCUGGGGUAGACGCCCUGCGCGCUCGCAACCAUCGAAUGCUGUCAUAUUAG